CCUUACUACAAAAGAGUAAAGCAAAUGACAGAUCAUACCGAGAAGUUUGAGGUAUUGCAGGGAAAAGAUAAUGAUGGCGAUUAAGUAGACACAUAAAUAUACAGCUAUAUAUGGACUAUGGCAUCUAGUGAGGAAUAUCCUUCGCCAUCAGGGAAUCUACCACUUCAGUUGUCGGCUAGACGGAUUUCCAAAGCUCGUAAAUCCUGUUCCGGAGAUCACCAAACUUGCAGUCCGGUUAGAAAAAAUCAUAUUGACGACUCGAACAGCAUUAUCGUCACUCCUUCCAUUGAUAGUCGAGAACUUGAUCGUCUAAAAUUCACUAACCCAGGUAGACAGAUGGAAGAACUAGAAGUCGGUUGGUCCGAAGCAAAUAUGACACGAAGCGUUCGCAGACAAAUGACCGUUAAAUCUGGUCACAAAUCAUCAGAUCGGUUGCAUCCGUUAUACGAUUCUCGUGGCCGCCUUUUAGGAACUUUAGAAUAUAAUUGUGAUUGUCUAAAAUCUGAAUGUCCUGGGUGCCAUUUGCCAUGUCGUAGGUGCCAUUCUACGUUUUGUGGAGCAUCAUGUCGAAUUUAUCGAACUUAUCGUGUUACUGAAGUUAAACUGUUUAUCUGACUUCAUGAGUUCAAUCGUUUCUCGAUGUCCACCACUACAGUUUCUAACCAUCCUUUUUUCCAAAUAAAUUAUUAUUCAAUGAGAGUCUUAUAUUUCUUCGUUUACUUAAAAUAUCGAUUAUCUCGGAAAAAACGCGUGUAUUCCCCGAAUAUGACAUGAACAUUUUAAUUGUCUUCGCUCAAGCAUACUGCCAUUUGUUCUCAGUGUGGACUGUUCAUCUUAUAACCGAUAACAAAUAUUAAUUGGAGGAAUGAUUGAUAACUGAAAGUACCACUAAAUUAUUUACAUUCUUUCUUCCAAAAUUAAUAGUUAUUUUGUAUGUUUCGUACGUUUAAUGCAGUCGUUUGAACUGGUUUCGAUUGUUUAACGUUCACUGGAUACAAGUCGAUUUUUCGAACUACUUUACGUCGUCAUGUAAGCUGUUUAUCUUGCUUAACAAUAUCAUAUUCAAAGGAAAUUAAAAAAUUUUUCUCAGUGCUCGAAAUUUAAGAAUUUUGAAACGAACCUAAUAU